UUCACACCCUUCUCUAAGACAUCAAGAACUUUGCCCCUUUGUCACACAAAGUUACUUUCUUGCUCCUGCACCCAUUUUCAACACCCUACUCAUUUUCACAUUGCGAGUUGGUGCAUAGUUUAUUUACUGUCUUGUCUAGGUUUUGCUGAAUAUGCCACUACUUUAUCUGGAUUUAGCUCUCUGAGGGCUUGUGUCCCACACUAUAGAGAGACUCUGCCAUGUCACAACCUCAGUUCACAUGGAAUGACUUUCUGGUAUUGAUUAUCUCCAUUUAAACUUCAUAAUGAUUCCUGUUUCUCCUCCUGUAUCUCCACUUCUUCAUAAAUCCUCAAGAGGGGCCUCAGCUUCUGACCGCUUGGAGGCAGAUAAAGCCAAAUAUGUUAAAACACCACAGGUGAUUGAGCGGAGACAAAUUCCAGUAAUUAAUGCAAGCUUUACACCUGCCAUGCCACGCAGAUCACUGUUAGCAGGCAAUAACUGUGAGACACAGGCAGAAUACCCCUGUAGCAAUACCAUGAGUCCUGUUGUACAAAGAAAAAACAUUUCACCACCCUAUAAUAAGGAGGUAAGAUCAAAUCAUUCUCACCAGACAAGUCCCACUCCUAGAAAUCCCAGAAGACUAAUUCAACCAGACAACAACCUUGUUGGCUGCUAUACACACUCCAAAAACCCAAAUUUCCUUGUGUGCCACCAGGGCAAUGAAUCAGUGCAAAAUUCCCCAGAGGCCCAUCUACAAUGUUUGCGUCGUGUUAGUGCUUGGAGACAAUAUCGACCAGACUCACUCAUUAUCUACAGGCAGAGACGUGAAGUUUCACUAACUGGCAAAGAGAACACUGACAGUGAACCAGGACUAGUGAUUCGACUUCUUCAGGGUACUCCACUUUUAAAGAGAAGCAACUCUCCAUCACGUAAUCUCACCCAACCCAGACCUCAAGAAAUGCCUGUGUCUCCAAGGACACAAAAAAUGAUAGAGCAGUCCUCUCUGAACAAAGAUUCUUGUCUCCUUGACCCUCACACACAACAAGCUACAUCAGACAAACAGACUUGUACAACUCCUACUGAUUCUGAACACUUUUUUGAGACUUGUGGCCUAGAAGGAAGUCUGCUGGACUUGUUGGAAAACGUAUACAAGAUGAGUGGAGACACACCAUUUGGUAGUCUGGAGUCAAUAACAGGUGUUAGUGGAGGGAAGGAGGGGGCAUUCAGUGAGGAUGUUAAAGAAGAAAAAACACCAGUAUCUGUUAUUGAGAGGAAUGCAAGGGUCAUAAAGUGGAUCUACAGCUGUCAACAAGCAAGGUCUACUGGGAACCAGAGUGAAAAGCAAAAGCCACGGGAGUCUACAGUGUGAGUGCAAUCAUUGUACACCAAAUUAUUAAACACAAGCCAUAAGAAGACAAAAAUAAAGGACCUAACAUUGAGAAAUACUUUUGGCUGAAAUUAAUGUAUUGCGUCUGUGAGGAG